AUGCCAUCAGAUAAAGUCGAAAAAAAGCGCAAGCGCGACUCUGAUCGCCAUGAACGUCCCAGCAAGAAGCCCGCACUCGAGCUCCAGGACCUACCACCUCUGUCGGCCAGUGUAGUAGAUGAGCAUAGCGAGCUGGCUCCUGUGAUAAGUUGCACAGUCACCACCCCCGGCGUCAACGCCCCCCGCAACCUGCGUUUUACGCCGUACCUCAAAGCCCGCGCAAAUUCUUCGUCAUCGGCAAAUCGCAACAAGGGGAUUGUUUCGUCGGAGCUCCUGCUGCAAUCCUCCGAGCACCCCAAGCUGGACUUUGUGGGCCGCGAGGCGGAGGAGGACGCUGACUCCCAGCUUAAGCACUACGUUGCCGUGGUCGACCCGGAAAAGAAGACCUGGCAGCUUGUCGAGGUGCGCAAGUUGACGGCGCGAGGAGCCGUGAGGAGGAUGAAGCCCCUGACGGAGGAGGAUGAGGAGAGCAGCGAAGAGGAGGAAGCGAAAACCAUGCGCACGCAACGCACCGAACUCACCAACACCUUCGGCACGAAACAAUCACGCAAGGCGGCACAGUCAAUGGCCGAGAACGCACAGCUGUCCAACGCGCCCGCAGGUGCCGCCAACGCCGCCGAGUCAGCCAUCCUCUCGUCCAUGCCCGCCGACGCCGCGGCCGACAUCGCCUCCAAGGCAGCCGCCGUUCAGGCGCAGGUGCAAGCCAACAAGCCCAUCCCGCAGGCCAACCUGGACGCGACGCACCCGGCUGACGUCUACCCGAUCGACGUGCUCGUUCCCAACGGGCUGGCCACCCUCCGCCAGCUCCCCGGCGUCAAGGAGUGGGCCGACACCGUCUCCGCCGGCCUCCCCGUGGCCACGACCUCGCGCUACGUCUCCCGCCGCGUCGAGGCGGUCGUCAAGUCCGGCAACACCACCCACCUCCAGCUCCUCCGCUUCAUCCUUCUCCUGCUCGAGUUUUCCCGCUCCCUCCGCUCCGGCCGAGACCCCAAAUCGUCCGCCGGACCAGGCAGCAAGCGCCUCCCGCCCCGCGAGGAACUGCGCCGCAUCCUCUCUUCGGCCUCGGGCAACCCCGCCUCUACCGGCAAGCAGCAGCAGCAGACUACAAGCCAAUCCGACGCCGGCACCCUCCCGGACCCCGUCAUCGACGCCAUCCGCCGCAAGUUCGCCCCGCAGGGCUCCCACCUCACCAAGAACGACCUCACCUUCCUGCACACCACCAUCUGCGCCCUGUCGCUGCACAUCCCUCCGCAGCCCUCCAAGGACGGCGGCGCCAGCUCCCUGGGCGGCAACUCGCCCAACGAGCUGGCCACCGACCCCGCCGACCUGCGCGACGACCUGAGGCUCGAGAGCGCCACCAUCCUGCAGUACUUCCGCGAACUGGGCUGCCGCGUCGAUAAGCCACGCGAGAGCGAGUUCGCGAAAUGGAAUAUCAAGGGCGGCAAGGCCGAGGCGGCCGCGAGACGGAUUGCCCGUCUCAAGGUUCCUGUGGAGUUUCCCAAGGUGAGCCGCGGUGGAAGGAGAUGA